CCAUCUGAAAAAAAAUCUCAUAAGCAAACCCUUAAUCUUCCCCGACUUCCUUCCGCCACUUUCGUUUGAAGGCAGCGAGCUUCAGAAUGGCGUUUGUUAAGGCUCAGAAAUCAAGGGCCUACUUCAAGAGAUAUCAAGUGAAGUUCAAGAGAAGAAGAGAGGGAAAAACCGAUUACCGAGCCAGGAUUCGGUUGAUUAACCAGGAUAAGAACAAGUACAACACACCAAAAUAUCGCUUUGUGGUUCGAUUUACUAACAAGGACAUCAUUGCCCAAAUAACAUCUGCUACCAUUGCUGGUGAUAAUGUUCUUGCUGCAGCAUAUGCACAUGAGCUGCCACGCUAUGGUCUCGAAGUGGGCCUUACAAACUAUGCCGCAGCUUAUUGCACUGGACUCUUGUUGGCCCGUCGAGUGCUUAAGAAGCUUGAAAUGGAUGAAGAAUAUGAAGGAAAUGUAGAGGCCACCGGAGAGGAUUAUUCAGUGGAACCAGCCGACANCAGGAGACCAUUCCGUGCUCUCCUUGAUGUUGGUCUUAUUAGGACCACAACAGGCAAUCGUGUCUUUGGUGCCCUUAAGGGAGCUCUGGAUGGGGGUUUGGAUAUCCCUCAUAGUGAUAAAAGGUUUGCUGGCUUUGAUAAGGAUAAGAAGGAGCUUGAUGCUGAGGUUCAUCGCAAAUAUGUCUUUGGUGGACAUGUUGCUGCUUAUAUGAAGACAUUGAAUGAGGAUGAGCCAGAAAAAUACCAGUCACACUUUAGUGAUUAUAUCAAGCGGGGAAUAGAGCCUGAUGGUCUGGAAGAUCUGUAUAAGAAGGUUCAUGCUGCCAUCAGAGCUGACCCUACUUUCAAGAAAUCCGAGAAACAGGCACCAAAGGAGCACAAGCGGUACAAUCUGAAGAAACUCACUUAUGAGGAGAGAAAGGCUAAAUUGGUUGCACGCUUGCAGGCUCUCAACUCUGCUGCCGGUGAUGAUGAUGAGGAUGAUGAGUGAAAGUUCAUCAUUGAUGAUGUAAUAGGAGCUGUCUUAACUUGCAUUUAGUCAUUAUGAGCAAUAAUUUGGAGAUCACAAAUUUUGGAUAAUUUUUGGGUUGAGUUAGCCUUUCAUUUUUUGUCGGGAUUGAUUGAUGUGUUAUAUUUAAUUUCAUUGUUUACAGAUAUGUUGUCAGGGUAGCUAACAUAGUUCUUUGAUUUUUAAUUUUGCAUUGCAAUUGAAUAUCCAUUUUCA